AUGACUUCGUUGCUAGAUGCUAUAAGAGAUGUUACUACUAUUGAUUUAGACGCUAUUGACGUCGAUGUCGUUACAAAGUACGCGCCAUUUAGGGACAUGACUUGCAACCAGUUCAUUGUACAGUCUGUGCUUACGAUGCCUGAGCACGCCCAUGUUCUUGCAUUCGCCGUCGAUGAAGCUUUAAAGUCGGCAAAAGAGUUUGGGGUCGACGUCACCGACUCUACUUCAUUCGAGCAAUUAGUGGUAGACAUUGCAUCUGUGAAUGUAAUCAAGGAAAUCAAACCAAGAUUGCAUCCACAGGGAUUAGUGUUGUUGCAGACAUGCUGUUCGAAGCUUGGCGAUGUUAAUGACAUAGUCAAACAUUGCGAGCAGAUUGUUAAAACAUUUGAAAAAUACGGUAUCAGCAGUAAGGAGUGCUGUAUCAAAGUACCUGCAACAGUAAAUGGCCUUAAGGCUUGCAAGUUACUCUCUCAAAGUGGUGUCAACACGCUCGCUACUACUGUGUUUUGCACUGAACAGGCACUUGCUGCAGCAGAAGCUGGUUGUGUUGCUAUCUCACCGUAUCUCAAUGAAUUGGAUGCACAUUUCAAUAGGAAAUUCUACGUCGACUACGCAAAUCCCGCUAAAGAAUCACCAGGUGUGAAACUCACACACAAAAUUCAACGUUAUUAUCGCACCGCCAAUAUCAAAACGCAGGUUAAAGCAGCAUCAUUUAUAGCUCCUAUUGAUGCAGUAGCAAUGGCUGGAGUAGACGCUAUUACAGUAGGACCAACAAUUCUAGAAGGUCUAGCAAACACACAAGUCAACGACCAAUAUAGUGUGAUUCUCAAAGACGCUAUUGCUGCUUCAAGAGAGCAGGAAGAAAUCCCCGAACAAAUCACUUGGCUGGAUGAGCAAGCUAAUAGACUGACAGCUGCAAUGGAGGACCCUCAAGUCAAAAGAUUACAAGGACGCGCCAACGAAGUUUUCACCAACGCUGAGGAGCAAUUGAGAGCUUUGGCUAAAGUGGCAAUAUUGAAUAAGAGGCAACCACAUCCAGAAUCACUAUAG